AGCAGUUUGUUUAAAAUCUGAAAGCGAAAUUAUUCUCUUUAUUUCUCCCAUUAAAAAGGAGUUACGCCGGACCGAAUCAAUGCCCGAGGCUCACGUGUCGUUUACCCAGCGAUUUUAAACAACAAAGUGGAUUAAUUUGGGGGUGAACUCGUGGAACUUUAGCGCAAUGGGUUUGCGGACACUGCUUUUGCUAUGUAUCGCAGUCAGUCUGAGAUCUGCCGAUUGUGCAAAGGAAUCCGAAGACUCCGAACGUGCGAGAUUACCGGAGCUCCUGACGGAGCUUGACCUUGCGAGUCUCGAGGCCUCGGAGGAGGACAUCGAUGCCCUGAAGAAAGUUGUGAAACGUCUCGCCCCGGCGAAAAAUGGCGAGUACCAAGUCUUCCAAGUUUUCUUCGGGAACGAGGAGCUCCUGAAAGAGUGGCUGUCUGGAGCGGGUUUGGGUCAGCCAGGCGUUGACUUCCCCAUGCUGACGACAAUUCCAACAACAGCAUUCAGCUGUCGAGGGCUGAAGGGCGGCUACUACGCUGAUUUGGAAACAAAUUGCCAGGUUUUCCACAUCUGCGAUAACGGUCGAAAGAUCUCAUUCCUCUGCCCCAAUGGCACAAUCUUCCAGCAAUCUCAGCUGAUCUGCGACUGGUGGUUCAAGGUCGACUGCAGCAAGUCUACUGAGCUGUAUGAGCAAAGCGCUGAACAGCUAGCCCAAGAGGAGCGCAAACGUGCCGAUUUAAAACGCGUCAACUCCGAGUUCCAUCGAUCUGACAACAAUUAUCAAAAUUCAAAUUACGACGGUAAACAAAAUGGCCGAACAAAUCCAUACGGUACCUCAAAGAACCAGCUUGACCAGCGUCCUGCCGAUGCUAAAUCAUCUCGCACAUUUGACCCAAGUCAAAUCUACAAUCAAAACUCCCGAAGUGGCAAUCAAUUCUCCCAGAUCAACGAUCUCGCUUCGAAUUCCGGAUUCACCCCAUCUCAUGAGUCAAAGGGAAAAAAUCAAGAAUCAUAUGCACCCCAAUCCCGCACCUCAAAUUACCAAAACAUCGAGAGACAGCAGAAUCAGCUUAUCGAGGACCGCAGUGGAAAGCAAUUCCAGGAUCAAAGAGGCUCAAGCAAAUACUCCUCGCUAGAUAAUUAUUACACAACGGUGGGAUCCCGGGAUAAUUCCCGAACUCCAAAAUCCCGAUCCCCUCACGACGAUGAAGGUAUCACAAGUCGUGGAACCCCGGCUUACACAGAAACCACAACAUUCCGCACAAGUACACCCACUCCAAUAAAGGAAUAUCAACAGCCAGCCGAGAGUGCAGCGUUUGCAUCAUCCCGGGGAAAUCGAUAUAAUAAGCCAUACAAUUCAAAUCAGUACAACAGUUAUUACAAUCCAGCGACAAACGCUCCCCCACGAAGACCCACAUUGCCACCAAUUACAUCGAAACCUCGUCAAGAGACGCCCCAGGGUAUUCUAAAGCCAAAAGUCAAGAUUCCGGACUAUCCCUAUCCAACAUUUACCCCAAUCUACCGUCCCCGCACAACAACCUACGACUCAACAACACAAACAACAUCACCCCCCCAGACAAACACCUACUACAACCGCGAUCGCACAACCAACUGGGAGACAACGACAAAUUUAUAUACAACCGGUCAAGAUUAUCGCACAACCACUGAAACCAUUUACCCAGAAGACACCACCAAUACGUAUCGCGGAUCUCGCGUUACAUCCACCGCGUACACAGCUACAACUUCAACUCCACCGACCACCUACAUCAAUUCCGAGACGUACGACAACAGCGUUGAUACCCGAGAUUAUGCACGUACAGCUUACACAACGAGAGCAUCACCAAGUAUUACCCAGAGAUAUUCAACUGGUAGUCCAUCCAGUGGUUUCCCUGCCACAGCAAUUACCAAGUCAGCUAUCAACGGUGUCACAGUGGAUCAGAAUUCGCUGAGUACUCACACCCAAGAUGAUAAACUUGGACGAACUAAGACAUCAUGGAAGAGUACCUCCCGAACAUCCCAGAACUAUCGGCAAAACGCUAUAAGUCCAUCCACUGAGAAGCCCCGUAUAACUCAAGUUUCACCGCAGUCUCAAACUUCAAAAACUUCACCCCCUUACGACACGAGUAUAACUUAUCAAAAUGGCAAGGUCAUGUCGACAUUAGGACCCUACGUGCCAUUCACCAAGAAUUAUGCAUACACGACGAGUACAGCGACUACUCAGCGUCCCGCAGUUUAUACAGCCACUGUGCCAACCUAUAGUACACCACAACCUCAGUAUCGAUCCAGUGCGAAAGCUGGAAGAAUCCAGUAUCCAGCGUCAGUCAACCGAGUACGUGGCAGUUCGACAUACCUGCCUGACGCCAAUUCAACUGUAAAACGCCCGUCAGAUUCUAAAUCACUGAUAGAACGUGAACAUGCAUUCAAUAUGCUGGAAUCACUGAGAGGUCUGGAGGGCACUAUGCCGACUAUUAUUGGAAAUACCAGCAGAAGUGGAUUGACUAUACCGCAUUCCUCUAGCCCAGCAACUCUCCAUUCUCUUGCUCUCUAUUUUGCAACUGCUAGUGACGAAUUCGGUGGAUCUGAUCAGGGGAAGACCGAGGAGUCUGCCGAAAAGCUACAGACUCCACUUCAAAUUAAUAAAACCGCAAAGAUUGAUCUUCCAACCACAAUACUUACCGAGCACACGAUAAACUCGUACGCAGAGCUGUUCAAUCUCAACAAUGCCCUCGAGACGAGCUCCAACAGCACUGAAUCCGAGCAACAGAGUGGAGAAGUUGAUUCCAAUGAUGACUUGGAUCUUCAGCAGAGCGAGGGCCCAGUGACAGGUUCAAAAAAAUCGAAUAGCACUAAACUUCGGGAGCUUGCGCAAGUGUUCACACAUGCAUUAUCAGCUUAUCUUCAGGAUCCUGCGACCUUCAAGAAGAUCCUGGCUGAGAUAAGACCGACUGCACCCCCAGGGCUGGACAAUGAAGACGGAUUCACCACGACGUCGAUUCCUACCACUUCCGAGGACUACCCAUCAGUCACAAAGGAGAAGGACGAAGUCCUGGACUUCUCGGAGGACGUCACUGCCCCCCGAAGACCAAUUCUUCAGACAACCACAGAAAUACCAACGACAACAGACGACGCAGGCUUCGGGUACUACACCACGUCUGUUACCUCGGAGUCCCAGUCCUCUAGCACCCUUCCACCCCCGGGUGAUCAGAAUUAUUUGAAUCCAACGAAUGACUUUGCUUCAGCAGUGAACCACGCCUUCGACUCAUCCAAUGGAAUCCAGAGCUUGUCCGGCCCCAGUGCUCCCAGUGGACCCACCUCCAACGAUGCUCUCAACGACUACGAGAAUUACUUUCCGGAUACCCAUCGACUAGGUGAUUCCCACCGAAACUCCACUUACGAGCCCUACGGCAAAUACGUUAAGCCAGUGAACUCAGUGCCAAUUGGCGACAAUUACGUUUCCUCGUCGACCCCAGCUACCUACCAGCAGACAUUACCGCCGGAGAAUCCUGGUGGCAAUGUAAUAACGUCCAAUAAAAAUUACAGAACUACCGGGGAGAACUCUGGUGAGCAGACGGAAUCACCGGACGUAACGACCACAGUCGAGCCAUUUCGUAUCCGCUACUACGAUACAACGACAAUACGAUCCGACGAUAGUGACGAGUCGCUAGUUACAGCGAACAGCAUCUACUCGAGUUACAACAAUUACAAUCGUCUGAAUAAUGCAGGUAGUGAUGACAGUCGAGAUGACACCGAGAUAUCUGAGAUAUCUGACCACAAAGAGGACGAUGAGAAAAGCCAUAACAAUCACUGGACGUCAUCGCCAACGGUGACCCAAUUGUGGGAGAGUACAGUCUUCGUUGAUCCAAAGCGUAUAAAUCAAGGAUUGACAUCGGAAGGUGUCAGUCAGACGUCGAGUGUGGAAGCAUUCGGUAAUGAUCCCACCACCACAACGCAUUCGUCAGUGCCAGUGACAUCGGAGCUUUUGGUGACAGAUGCAUCGGGUGGUGUUACUUCAAGGAAUAGUAACAGGGGCUCGGAUCCAACGACUCCGUGGCAAUGGGGUAACACCGACACCGACUCACCCACGGCAUUCAGUCUUCUGCCAACGGCUUAUUCAACUGAGCACACAGCAACACCCGCACCAAUUUAUACCACCAGAUCGAGCAUAACGACGACGAUAACGUCGUCAGUUAUUUCAACGAGUUCGUUGCCCCAGGCAUCCUUGUUUCCGGUCAAAGCUAGAUUCAAGAAUACAAUUGGCAAUGCCACGGAGAACGAGAUUGUCAGGGCCAAACAGAUGUUUGGAGGACUCAAUGAUACCAGCACCGAUGCUUUAAUGAGGGUGAUGAAGACCGCUGAUCAUAAUGCAACGGUCAGGCAACUUGUUCUGCUGUUGAUCAGCCACUGCACUGGACCGAUGAAUAAAACUAGGGAGGAGGAGAAGGAACAGCUGCUCAAUGCACUGCUGAGCAUGCCAGUUAAUCAAUUCACAUCGGAGGAGUCGAAGGAGCUCGUCGCUGGGCUAAAUAGGCUCAAUAUCCCGGAUGACCUCGAGACACGAAGCACUACGAGAAUUGUAACGUCUACGGAGCCCGUUGCCACGACUUUCAGGAGCAAAAAAUCGAGGAGAAUCAAGUCCAAUGGGGAUGAAUCAACAGUGGAAGGGAGGGGGCGAGAUUCAAGGGGAACUGAGGAGGAGACCAGUGUGUCUGAUGGAAGGGCCCUGGAGCUGCUGCGCUCACUUUAUACUGUCGCUGCCAAAUGGGGUUGAAGCCUUCUGGUACAUCCGGAUUUGCUCAUGAUUAUAUUCUUCGGAGGGGGAAUUUUAAUGUCGUGUUGUUCCGGGUCAGGGUGAGGAGGAUUCGCUGGCCAGCAAUGAAUCAAUCUUUUGAUUAGUUUGAUUAUUAUUUUUUUAGGUUCUUGUGUGUGAGGGUUUGGGCAAAUUUGGAACAAAUUGCUGAUGAAUGCGUUAAUUAGGUUGUUAUGUGGGUGGAUGAGAGGGGUUGGAUGCUGGGUGUCUUUAUUAAUUAAUAAUUGAAGUGUGCUCUCAGCUUGUAAGGUAAUUGGGGUAAAUUCAAUGGGCAUCUUUCUAUGAGUUACGGUUUUUUAAAGUAGGAGUUGUACUUAAUUCCCUCGGCUCAUGGUUUAUGAGGUAUGUUGAGGGCUGGGGGAUGUUCGUCGGGUAGGUUUUAAGGAAUUGAAAGGGAAUUGGAUGCACCGGAAACUUUUCUGGUGCUCUGGUGCCGAUUAGGGCCGGAUUUGGGGUAGUCUGAGGCUAUCCGGAUCACCCGAGUUAGUGAUUGAGUUUUUCGAGCUCGAGCUUGAUGAUUUUAUGUAAAAUAUGUUUGUACAGAGUGUGAAUA